AUGGCCGAAGAUGCCUCUUCACACAAGAUGGUAACAACAAAUCACAGGCGCAGUCGCACCAAAUUCACAGAAGAUCAAUUGAAAAUCCUCAUCAAUACCUUCAAUCAAAAGCCUUACCCAGGUUACGCUACCAAACAAAAACUUGCUUUAGAAAUCAAUACAGAAGAGUCCAGAAUCCAGAACUUUCCACCUAGAAGGAACCUGGGACAAGACCCUCUCAGGAGGAGUCAGUGGGAUCGAAAUUGGAUGGAGAGUAGAGAAGCCAGACGGUGUCGUACCACCUACAGCACCUCUCAAUUACACACUCUCAUCAAGGCGUUUGUGAAAAACCCAUACCCUGGGAUUGACUCCAGAGAAGAACUUGCUAAAGAAAUCGGUGUUCCAGAGUCAAGAGUCCAAAUUUGGUUCCAAAAUCGAAGAUCUAGAUUACUUCUCCAGAGAAAAAGGGAACCUGUGGCUUCCUUAGAACAAGAAGAGCAGAACAAGAUUCCUGAGGGACUGCAAGGUACAGAAGAUACACAAAAUGGCACCAACUUCAGUAACGACUCUCGUUUCUCUGAAGCCAGAACGUGGUGA